GCCAUGGCCCGUCCUUGGAAAUUAAUUUUCAGGGGCGGGUCUUUUAUCCGCCCCUGAAAAACUUGAUUUGUAGCUGCGGGAGACAGCUACGGGUGGCGUCCCCGCUCUUACAAAUCCCAUUCUACCUGCCCCUAAAAAGCUUUUCUGCAGUAGUGAAUAUAUAAGAGUCAAGUUACAUUGUGAAAAGACCGCUAGGGUCACGAUUGGUUACCACCCCUAAUAAGACAGAUGCAAAACCAGUUGACAACUCCAUCGUCUAAUUUGCUACUCGCAGCAUCUGCUUUAUUUGCCAAGUCCAUACUCAACCUAGCACGUGCUUUCUCAACAAUUAUGAGCCGCCGAACCCCCGCAUUUCUGCCAAGAGAUGCAAAGCGUGUUCCAUAUAGCCCGUGAUCAAUGGCUGCGGGGAGAGGGGGGAACGAACGCGUGUCCAUGCUCUUGCUUCUUGCAGGUGGAACCCUGACUUUCAAGCACUUCGGGGAUAAGAUCAGAAGCCUUCCAGAUUUGGGAGAGGAUUGCUGGAUCUUUGCGUUUAUGAAGUAUAAAUAGAGCUGCCAGAGGCAGGCCAGCCCUCGAUCACAGUCAUCCAAAUGGGGUUCCUCCUCAUGGUGGUGCGGUACUUAGUAGCCAUGAAAAGUAGCAGCGUUCUCGCCACCAUCGCAAUGGUAAUGAUAUCGACCCAAGCUGCAGGGCAGCCUGCGGCAGCACCGCCAGCGAUCUUCGUGUUCGGGGAUGGGGCGCUGGAUGUCGGCAACAACAAUGACUUGACUGGUGGGGAGAUUGGGGACCCUUCCCGCGCCAACCAUCCUUACUACGGCAUCGACUACCCCGGAGGCCAGCCCACCGGACGGUUCAGCAACGGAUACAACAUUGCCGACUUCAUCGCAAAGGGCCUGGGAUUCGAGAUGAGCUCGCUGGCUUACCCGUCGCUUCCUGAUCGCAGCCCGGACAAAAUGGAGGGUUUCACCGGAGUCAACUAUGCCUCUGCCAACGCCGGGAUUCAGGACUCCACCUACGCAAACACGACCAUUCCAUUGUCGACGCAAGUGGAAAACUUCGGGGAAACAAGAGACCGGCUGAAGGCCCUGCUCGGCGGCCGCAAGCCUCUAAGCAUGUUCUUGUCGAAAUCCUUGUUCCUGAUCGGGCUGGGCACCGGGAUGGACCUCAUCCCGGACAGCAACCCCUUCGCCUCGCUCUUCCCACCAAAGGACGACAACAAAACCCAGGUGCAGCGCCUCACGGAGUUGUUGGGGACAACCAUCACAACGAUGCACGGCAUGGGCGCGAGGAAAUUCGGGAUCAUCAAUGUUGGGCUCAUCGGUUGCACGCCGGCCGUGCAGUCCAUCUCUGGCGGCCUCGGCGGUGACGGUCCAUGCGACGAUGACCUGAACAGGCUCGCCGCCGAGUUCAACUCUGCGCUCGGGACACUCCUGCCUGACCUGGCCAGCAAACUCCAUGGCUUCCGCUACUCGCUCGCCGACUUCUACGGCUUCUCGAACGCAACCUUCACGAACCCAUCAGCCUCCGGAUUUGUGAACACCAUCAGCGCCUGCUGCCCAGGGCCCUGUGGUCCUCCCAGUCCUUACGUCGGGGAACCAUGCUCCAACCGUGCGGAGUACUGGUUCUGGGAUUAUGGGUACACAACGGAGAAGGCCGCUAAGCUAGCCGCUGCCGCAUUUUACAGUGGCAAGAGGUUCGCCAUGCCUGUUAACUUCAAGCGAUUGAUCGCGAUGAAAGGAUGAAUAAUGUCUUAGGAUUUAUUGGGUUGUAUGGUGCUUGCACUUGUUUUUUAGAUUAAGGAUAAAAUCCAGCCUUUUAUAUCCACAUUGGUGCUUGCACUUGUAGCUGGUUAUGGUACGUUAUUGGGUGAUGCAUGCGACUC